UUUGUCUCCGGAUGAUAAACGAUUCGCAAUCAAUCGCUGCAACGUUGUCAUGUUGUCAAUAUAUCGUCGUGGAACGGUUCUGUUAUUGUAAGGAUUGGCCGCGCUUUGAUGCCAACCGCUUGCGUCCAAAAGCUUGAUCAGAUAAGCCAACGCAGUUGAGAAAAUAAAAGCAUAUCAAACCCCCGAGGGGUAAUACAUAAAUUUAUAAAUAAUCGUACUCGAGCGUGUGCAUGUAAGAAGUAGGUAUGCAGAGGUGUGGGUAGGGCAGUGUCGGAGUCAGCAUAGCACGGGCUACUCGACGUAAAUUGAGAAUAUCGUCGUCGACGUCGUCAUCAUGGCUAGCAACACCAGUACUAAUAAUGGAGGAGGAUACAAUUUCAAGGUCGUGCUACUGGGGGAGGGCUGCGUUGGCAAGACCUCAGUUGUGCUCAGAUACGUCGAGGACAAGUUCAACGACAAGCAUAUCUCGACCCUUCAGGCCUCGUUUUUCAAUAAAAAGCUAAAUAUCAAUGGAAAGAGAAUAAAUUUAGCAAUAUGGGAUACAGCAGGUCAAGAAAAAUUCCAUGCACUUGGGCCUAUUUAUUAUCGAAUGUCCAAUGGGGCUAUUUUAGUUUAUGAUAUCACAGAUGAAGAAACUUUUAAAAAAGUAAAAAAUUGGGUAAAAGAAUUGAGAAAAAUGUUGGGAAGUGAUAUACGUCUGGUCAUAGCAGGAAACAAAGUUGAUCUUGAAAAAGAAAGGAAUGUCACAGUAGAAGAAGCAGAAGAGUAUGCAAAACAAGUGGGUGCAGUACACUUUCAUACGUCCGCUAAGCAAAACUUUAACAUUGAAGAAAUGUUCCUGGACCUGACGCAACGCAUGAUGCAACACGCUGAUAUUGUCGAACAAAAGUCAACUCUUAUGAGAAACAAUAGCACCCGGCGAAACGUCGUCGUCGUAGAAGAUGAGUCUGCCGAACCAGCUCAGCCAUCCAAAAGUGGCUGCUGCAGCGGUGGAGGCUCUUAGAAUUCGUAAGAAUGCUAUGUUCUGGAGGCUCUUUCAGACGAUUGAUGCGAGAAAUUUCACAAAGGUUGUAAUGCUGUGUAUUUAAGUUAAGGAAUGCUGUGUUUUCCAGUCUGAAAGUGGCCAUAACACUAAAUACUAAUUUUUCAAGGCACAAUUUACUCACCCGUGUGCUAUUAACAUAUACGUAUUUACUUUGCUUUUUUACACGUAAUCUACUAAAGUUACACAUAUUCGUUGAUCAAUACAGUUAAUUCUCAACCUUUUUAUUAAGUGAUAAAGACAAGUUAAAAGAGCUUUUUGCCUGUAGAUAAAUGUAGAUUAUGUAUAUAGCGUUACAACCUUAACAACAUAAGAAGAUUAUCGUUGGAAAUCGUACUGUGGAUCGUUAACUGUUUUUUGUAUAUAACUUUUAAUUAUCUUGCUAAAAAUAAUACGUGAGAUUUCCAGCGCGAGUCAAAAUUUUUUUACAAUAGAAUGCCGAAAGUGUUUUCAUGAAAUCUAGCUUAAAAAAAGACAGAAUAAGCAAGUAGGUAGUAAUAUCGAUUGUUAUUAUUGUAUUUUAGUGGAUGUAAAAAAAUAAUUGACUUGAAUUGAAUGAAUAUUUGAGACCAAAUUAAUGCGAGAUGAAAACAAAUUAAAAGACCUGAAAAAUAUUUUUUUUUCUACUUCAAUAAUGUUAUUAUACAUGUUAUUAU